AUGGACAGCCUUGCCGCACCCAAGACCAACGGCUUGAAGCCCGACUCGCCCAACAUGACCUCGACCGCGACCGCGCAACCCACCGCUUUGGUCAAUGGCCAUAGCAAUGGCACAGUCAGAGAGGAAGAGAAGGUCUCGCCGCCCGAGCUGGAACACUGGGCCCACACCUAUGUUCCAAUGGGUACCCUGCUGGAACGCAUGGCCCAACAAUGUUACUUUGAUUUGGGCGAGGUCAUUGAGCAGAUGGCCGAUCUGAACAUUGGCACACCGCAAACGAAUGGCGCAUCCACUCCAGCCUCGGAUGUGUCCAAGCCGAGUGUGGACAAAAAGUUGCGGCUUAUGAAUUUUGCAAAUACCCAGCAGGCUCGCUUCAUCAAGGCCUUGGUUCUCUCCGAUUGGGCUCGCAACAUGGGCGACAUGGACAAGCUGAUCGAGUUGCGCAUGUGGUUGACACAGCAGGACGAGGCUUCAACACAAGUCGGGGAUGCCAUAAUGCAAAUGAAACACAACAUGAUCGGUGCCAAAAUGCCCAAUCCAAACAUCCAAGGAGCCCUGGAACUCUUGUCCACGUCCAAAGCCCCAUGGCUACCCGAUCUCGGCUACAUUGCGCCAAAGCCUCUAUCUGCUCAAAAACUGCUCAAGACGCUACGAGAUAUGAACUUCGUCCUUUCCGUGCGACUCAACUUGCAUGAACAACUACCUCCAUAUUUCUGCAACUAUUCAAUAGCCAACGGCCGUGCUACCUUUGUCGUGCCCAAUGAGUUCGAGCUUGAUCUGGCUGUUACCGAUGAAGAUACCACAUCACCCUUCUACUUUAUCGACAUCCGGUUUCUGUUCUCCGAUGCUCCGCCUCUAGCCGAUGGACCUGCUCGUGCACAUCUAGAAGGGAAGGUCAACCAGCUACUGCAGAUGGAAGGUCUCUCGGCCGCUUACGACUUCCUCCAUGGAUUUGUUCUCACACACAAAAUUACAUUGCUACGAAUACAGGCCUCAGACUUGGCACGCACGAGGUGGACUGAAUGUCUACACGUCGAGCCUGUCCACCGUUCGCUCAUCGUGCAGUACUGGACGGGUCAACCUGGAUCGAAGAGUUGGAUCGAGGUCGGAAUCAAGAAGGGGCAAAAAGCUGAAAACUCAGACCAGUCGCAUACGCCUGCACGGCUCAAUGUUCGCUGGUUUAGAGCAGGAAAGGAAAUACCUGACACAAACUUUGCGAUUGACACGGCGAACCCUUCCAUGGAGCACCUCCUAAGUCAAGUCACUGCUGCGCAUAUGACUCUGCGCCUUGAACUGGUCAACAAUCAGCUUCUGGCCAUCUCACCAGCAAACUCCAUUCUUGAUAUCGACCUGAAAGCUUCGUCGACGAAUCCCAAUGCAUGUGCCUUGUCCAUGAAGCUCGCCAAGCACGGUCUCGAUACCACGCUACGCAUCAUCCCUGUCAACGGCAGUAUCUCGAUCUCACCUGUUUCUGCCGCAUCUAUAGACGUAGAAAGAAGGCUGAACUCCGAUCCAACGAUCGACGCUGCACAGAUCCUGUCCUAUCUCAACUGCAAGCUCGUGCAAGAUCAGAUCACGCGGAAAGCUGUACAAGCCGGCUGGCUUUUGAUGCCAACCGCCCAACAAGGAGAUGUGAACAAGAUCUUCUCUGAACAAGUUGUUCGUCGCACCACGUUUACUCGCCACGGCUGGGGUGAGGAUUGGGCCAUCUGCCUUACCAUCAGUCUGCAAGGUACCAAAUGGUGGAUCGUCCGUUUGGCGUCAACAACACCAACGUCCCGUACAAUCAACACAGCAGAACCGCUCUCAGUGCACUCAUCAAAGAAAUCAUUCGAUCGACAUACGCUUAUGCUCAUCGAGUCCCGCGCUGUAGCUCAAAUCUCUUUAAGCAAUAUAUCCUCUCAGCUUCGAAGCGACAAGAUCAGUCAUGAGAUCAGACACGUUUCUCCGGCAACCACGCAAACGACAUCAUUACCUUCCGCUUCUACCACUACAGCAGUCGUCGGAAUCAAAUUCGAGGACUGCAUGCAACCCUCUUCUGCGCAGGAGCGCAAGGUCUGGAAACCUUGGUGCGGUAGCGCUAUGAUACUCACACACCACGGCGUUGAUGAGACCGCAAAAGACGCAAUUAAGGUGGUACACGUUCUUAAAGCCAACUUGACUCCGCACACAGCACGGAUUCUUGCGCCCCUGGUAGGCACACGAACAGCUUCGCAGGACAUCGUGUUUGCUACCAAUGGUAUCCUCGCUCUGCAACUACGUACCCACUUCGGUGUUGACCUGAUCUCCAUCAUAAAGAGCAAGCUCCGACGAGUGCGACGUCUAGCGACCUGUCUCGCCGCGAUUGCAGAACGAGAAUUUGCAGUCGAGAAAGUGGCCGUUACUGGAUUGGUGUUCCGAUACUCUGCUGCUUCAUCUGCUCAACGUCUCAAAGCAGGGAUCUUAUUCACUAAUGAUGCAGCACAACCAAUGCAGUUGCGUUUCGCGACUGAGGACACACUAAAUCCACAUCGACGUGUCCAACCAUUACUCCAAAACCUGCUUCUCGCACCUCCCGGUGUUUCUUCCAUGACGGAAGAGAGGUCACGUGUAGGGAGAUUGUUCGAUACACUGCACACGACCACACCCCUCCUCUGCGCCUGCGCGACAAUCGAAUCAAAAGACCUAGCAGCAAAAACUUCAAGGGUUACUAUCAGGAACCUGGCACACCUUCGCAUUGUCUACUCUUCUCCUCUGCCAUCAAUAACUCUCAACAUCGAAGCCACAAGAAAGGAGGGGAAGAACUACUGGAGCAUCACAGUACUCAAAGCCUCUACACCUGAAUAUGUUAAGGCAUUGGAUCUGCUGCAGCAAGUCUGGCAAGGCAAAGAUAUCGAUGGGGUCAAGGGAUUUAGAACUGGUAUUGUUGCUGAGGUGCAAGUCAUGGACCGACUGUUGCUCGACUUUGAUGCUUUGAUCAGAGCACAAGGCGGUGAUGCAAAUGGACAAGGGCAUGAUAUCGUGGUUCUGGACUAG